AUGAUGACACAUCCAGGAUGUUCAGGUUUGAGUCGAAAUUCAUCGACCGGCACGAUUGUUAGUGGUCGAACCUUCGUCAAUUCGGCAUAUCAGCAGAAUUUGACAAUUCGACCCUCAAUCGAUCAUUUGUCGUCACGUUCAGUGCAACUAACGCACUUCCAUCCGCGGCAACUGCCCGAUAAUGCACCAGGACGUCCGACAAAGAGUACUCUACGCCGCCAGAGACGUAAGCGGCUAGAGAUGGUUUACGCAUGUGGAAGAGGCAGUCGUAAAAGACAGCCCGCCCUACAAUCUUCAAUUCGGUUGGCGACCACAACUGGACCUCGACCUCGUUGA